UGUAGUCUAAUUAUUAUGAAUGAAUUUGAAAUUGUUCAUACAUUGACUGAAAAAUUAAAACAUCUAACUACCUACGCAAUGAACAGCAACGUCAUAAAACUUCAAUAUAGAAUGAUAGAAUUAGAAGCAUUUGAAGCUUGUUGCUGGUUAAAAGCAACAGGAUUUAGCUUAUUUGCCAAAAUGUAUGAAGAAAAAUGUUUUCCUCUGGAGGUUGGAGCUGUAAAGAUUGCCUGCAAUCAUUUGGAUGUUGAUUCAUUGCAAUCAUUAAUCAAGCGGUUGGAAACACUGAAUAAGUGUGCUAAGAUUCUGCAGAAUAUGGAAAAAAAUCAAUUGUUAAAUAGACUGGACGCUGAUCAACUUGAGUUUGCUAAUCGACAGCCUCUUAUUGACAUAGAUCAAAACACAGAUAGCAAUCAAGCACAACUUGAAUCAUUUCCUGAUAGAUUCCCACUUAAAUUUGAUGAGGAUUUAGGUAUCAAGAAGGAUGAUAUUGAUUUAAUGAACUCAGAGUUUCUUAUCUGUGCUAAAAAACAGCUCACAGAAGAAAUUAAACAACAUCUUCGUAACAGCUCUUAUGACAAUGUGAUGCUUGAUAGCAGUAUGGAUGUUUUAAUUGAUUCUAGUAAUCAAAUCAAAAUUACUCUAGAAAAUCUUGAUCAUCAUUUAUCUGAAGUGAAUACAGAAGAUGAAGACGAUAAUGACAUUAAUUCAAUAUCUUCACUAGAUGAGUUGGAUGGAGUAAAUAGAAAUUCUUUUCAAGGUAGUUUUCGUGGACAUCUUCAAGUGCCUGGCAUGGGUUCAACUGACUCUGGUGUACCAUCAACACCAAUAAUGAGAUCUCCGAGUGUCAGGAAGAGGAGAGUUAGAUGGCACAGUUUUCAAAAAUCUUGUGAAAGAGAAUCAAUGUUAAUAAGCAACAACAUUAUGACAUUAUCAGCUGGACAGUUAAAUGUACUAAAAAAACUAUCACUUUUGCGGCUUACAGCGCUUAUAGAAAGAUAUUCGUGCAAUAAUAGAACAAGUUGGCAUUGGACAGUUCCAAAAAUAUUAAAAAAGCUUAAAGUGCAUGAUUAUAAAGAUAAAAAUAUAUUUGGUGUUCCAUUAUUAACAAUUGCUGAGCGAACUGGAUGUCCAUUGCCUCACUCUGUAGUGUUAGCAAUAAAUUACUUAAGUAGAGUUGCAAAAGAUAGUAUUGGCAUAUUUCGUAAAUCUGGCAUGAAAUCUCGAAUAGAAAAAUUAAAAAUACAAAUUGAGUUGAAUCCUAGUAAAAUAGACUUAGAUGGUUAUUCUGCUUAUGAUGUUGCAGACAUGUUAAAACAAUUUUUUAGGGAAUUGCCUGAACCGUUACUUACAACCAAGCUUUCUGAUACAUUUAUUGCUAUUCACAAGGACAUUCCAAGCGAACUUCGUUUACAGGCAAUGCAACUAGCUGUGAUACUUAUGCCUGAUGAAAAUCGACAUGUAUUACAAACAAUAUUGUCAUUUCUUAAUGAAGUGGCUUCUUAUUCAAGUGUUAACCAAAUGAGUGAAGCUAAUUUAGCCACAUGCUUUGUACCUGCAUUGUUUCACUUAUGUGGAGGCGGAGCUUCAAAAAAUGAUAAAAAUAUAAAUAAUGCUCCUAAAAAAAUGAGACGGUCUAUCUCUCUACAAUAUCAAAAGGAAUUAGAUGAUACUAGAGCAGCUCAAGAAUGUCUAGCAUGUAUGAUGAAGUGUGUAAAUUUUUUAUUUUGUGUACCUGAUGAUGUCAUGAUGAAAUGUCGUUUUACUUACAUUGAACAGGGGGAGCCUGUACCUUUAGAAAAACUAGGCCAAAAUGGUGUUGAUCCAGGUAUUGAUGAUGACUAUCGGCAUCAUAUUGAUACUUGCUUCUCUGAUCUAUUGCAGGAAACAAGUGUAAACUCUCGAUCAACAAAGUGGGAUAUUCAUUCUGAAUGUGAUGAGAUUACAAUUUCGUAUCGCAAAGUCAAUGAUGGAUACCCAUUGCGUGUUUGGCGUGCUGUCACAGAAGUUCAAGCUUCACCAGAAGAAAUUUUAAAGCGAAUAAUAAAAGAAAGACAUUUAUGGGACGAUGAGAUUUUAGAAUGGCAAGUUAUAGACACUUUAGAUGACUGCACAGACGUUUUUUACUAUGAAACUCAAUCAAUUGCCCCUUCUGUUAAAAGAGACUUUGUUAUUCUUCGAUCAUGGCGUUAUAAUCUUAAUGGAGGUUCAUGUGGUGUUGUUAUGACAUCAGUAAAACACAAAAAUGAACCACCUACCUCUGGGGUUCGAGCAACAUUACUUGCUUUUCGUUGUCUUAUUGAACCAAUCGGUUUAGGGCGAUCUAGGUUGACUUCUAUUUCAAGAAUAGAUUAUAGGGGAACAAGUUCUAGAUACUACAAUAAAGUUGUUUCUCCAAGAGUAAUGUCCUCAGGAGUUAGAAAAAUCCGCGACUCCUUUAAUUGUGGUCCAGAUGGCCCUGAAACAAAUGUAUGACUAUUACAUUCAAUUAGUCUCUAGUAAAAAAAGUAAUGAAUAUGAAAUAAAUGCAAAAAAUUUUAGCCCUAUGGAGGGUUAUUUGGAAGUAGCUUUGGACAGAUAGCACCCUAUAGAAAUAGUGAUAUGGAGAGAUAGUGAAAUGUAGCUAUGGAUCAUCCAAUUUGUAUGUUCUGACAGUUUAUGUAUCAAAUUUUGUAAAUAUGUAUAAAGACUUAAAUUAUACUCGUAAUUUUAAAAA